AUGACUAGAUCCGGGGAUGACGAUGGUGUUGGCGAGGAUGGUCAUGGCUUAGAACUGGGGCUGCACGUUGACGGGCAGGUGAUCGUCCUCCUGGCCCUGGCCGCCGUCGCGGCCGCCCGCCCCCAGUUCGGCUUCGAGCAGCAGCCCCUGCAGCAGCAGGCCGCCCCCAGCUACGUGCCCAUCCUGAAGCGCACCGAGACCCGGGACGACUUCAACCAGCUCGCCCUGUCCUACCUGAGCGCGGACGGCACCGCCGUGGCCGAGCACGUGGCCCUGAAGGAGGUCCAGGACGGCGAGUACCGGGGCCACUACGUGCCCACGCGGUCCGGCUCGUACCGGUACACCAGCCCCGAGGGCCGCAUCAUCAUGGUGACGUACACCGCCGACGAGACCGGCUUCCACCCCAUCAGCGAGGCCAUACCCGUGGACUCCGCGUGA